UUUCCCUGCUUGCGACGUCGUUGCCACCUGCGCGCUUGCGUGCUUGCUUGCUUUUCCCACUGCACAUUUGGGUUCGCCACAGCUGCUGUUAUGUUGUGUGGUGUGGUGUAGUGUGGUGUAGUGUGGUGUGUUGGGUUGGGUUGUGUUGGCUGCUUGUUUUGCACCUCGCCCUAUCCCUCCCUCGCUAUGGAAAGGCCUGCUGCUCAGGCUUUUCGAUACGCCUCGUCCUUCGCCGUCUUCUUCUUCUUCUUCUCACUCACCUUGGGCAUUCCCACCACCGCCUCUUCAUCUUCUUCCUGCUGCACUCAGCUCUAGCAGCACCCACCAUCCCUUUGUACCACGUCUCUCUGCCCCUGCAACUGACAUACCCACUUGUCCUGAACUUGAGCCUUCUUCGCCGCAUGGCGAGAUUGGGUUUUGUUUGUUGAGCGUGACGUGUUUCACUGAUGUCAGUGGUCUCGUAGUUGCAGAGAGCGGUUUGCCAAUUGUGGUUGAGGUUUGGGGUUUCGGAGGGUGGAGUUUGGAUAGAGAUCUUGUGGAGGGAUAGAGGUAGGAGCAGGGGAUUGGUUGGUUGGUUUGUGCUGAGGUUGAGAGCCAGCGAGGGAUCCAGUCGGCAAGGAUGCCCAGGUUUUUGUGGGCGUUCGUGCUGCGCAGACCGAGAUCUUGUGUUGUUGUUCGUAGAAAAGCGGAUUGCGGGGAGGAAGUGCUGUUUGUAAGCCAAUGCGUUUUGAAGGAGAGAAAGUGAAGGAUGAGUGUGGAGGUUAGAAUUUAGGGAAGAGAGGGAGCUUGUGACCUUAGGCGGUAUAUUGUGUGGGGGGACGAUUGCAGUGAAUGACCUUUUGGUCGUUUCUUGCGAGAAUGUGAUACGGGACUUGUUGGGGAAGGAAGUGGACACGGUGAAGAAGAAAGGAGAGGAAAUGGCUGUCCUCGACGGGGAAGCUCGUGUGCUGUUGACAGCGCAGCACAUUAUAAAAGCCCUAGGCACGUCGGAUGCCAUGACGGAUGAUAUGAUAUCUGUGCUUACCAAGUUCGAUCACAGGUUUAGGGACAUGAAUGAUAAGAAUUUGGAUCGGAGGUCGGAUGCUUCCACUUCCGGGAAGUCUCCAAAAGGGGAGGAUUCGGACCCGGAUUUUUAUGAUUCGCCACAAGGGCCUCGGGAAAGAUUCAGGGCCAGGAAGGGGACCAAUUCUGUGUUGGAUUCUGUGUGGCAGGUCAUUAAUCACUGGGACAUGGGACAUGGGGCAUGUGAGGGGGAAGGUUACAGGUGGAUUUUUGAGAGUAACGUUAAAGAGAUACAGGAGUAUCUCAAUGCCGUUGAUACGGUUUUGACUGAACUCGAGAAUAUGAAAAUUCAUAACCGUGAUCCGAAGCUGCUUGAAGAAGCUCAGUAUCUGCUCCAGCUGGCCAUGGAGAGAUUGGAGGAAGAACUGCGUCAUGUUUUGGAAAUGUACACCGGGUUCGUGGACUCUGACGAACUGCUGGGUUCUUUUUCCGCAGCCUCGUUGAGGGUGCCUCCAGAAGAAGACGAUGAUGAAGAGGAGCCGGACAUUGCCACUCCUCGAGGUGGUCAGUUGGAGAGAUCCCAAAGUAGGGCAGUUGCUUUGAUGCCGGAUCAAGCGGCAGAAGACGUUAUUGCCAUUGUUACCCGCUUAAUCGCCGGCGGGUUUAAGAAGGAGUGUGUGCAGGUCUAUAUUAGCUCCCGGAAGGUCGUGCUGGAGAACAAUUUGUUAGCCUUGGGGGUGGAGAGGGUGAGCAUAGAUGAGGUGCAGAAGAUGCCUUGGGAACUGCAGGAGGAGAAGAUCAAAAAUUGGAAUCAAGCUAUGAAGAUUGGAGUGACGAUGCUGUUUGCGAGCGAAAAGCAACUGUGUGAUCAGGUUUUUGCGCCUCCUCUGAACGACAUCUGCUUCAACGAUUUUGCUAAAUCUGCUAUGAUGCACCUCCUCAGUUUCGGGGAAGCCAUCGCCAUAGGCCGGAGGUCACCCGAGAAGCUGUUCAAGGUACUCGACAUGUAUGAAACACUGCGAGAACUUAUUCCAGAACUGGAGGUUAUUUUUUCUGGGAAAUCUGGUUUAAGUGUUAGGUCUGAAGCGAGUGGAAUCCUUUUCCGCCUCGGAGAGGCGAUAAGAGGGACAAUUUCAGAGUUUGAGAAUGCCAUUCAACGACACAGUUCCAAGGUGCCAGUGACGGGAGGUGCAGUCCAUCCACUUACUCGCUACGUAAUGAACUAUAUCAAAUUGGCGUGUGAGUAUAGUGAUACGUUGAAGCAGGUCUAUGUUGAAAGGGAUAAUUCAGAGGCUUCAGAAAGAUCUGUUCUAUCACCGGACAAGAGGGAUGAUAGAUUCAGCAGGGAUGAAUGCUCAACGUUAGCAAGCUUGAUAGGCCGCCUGGCUCGGGCCCUUCAGAACAACUUGGACGGGAAAGCCAAGAUGUACAAGGACCUUGCUUUGACGCACCUAUUCCUCAUGAACAACAUUCACUACGUAGUGCAAAAAGUGAAAGGUUCAGAGGUCAGAGCGCUGCUCGGAGACAUUUGGGUGAGGAGGCAUGUCGGUAUGGUGAGGCAAUAUGCAGCCAGCUAUCAAAGGGCUGCAUGGGGCAAAGUUUUGGCUUGCCUGAGGGACGAAGGGUUGCAUAAGGACCAAGGCAACAAAGGUGUCUCAUCGGUGUCCAUUUCUCGUCAGACUCUUAAAGACAGGUUCAAGAAUUUCAACAACAUAUUCGAUGAGGCUCACAAAGCGCAGUCGCAGUGGGUGGUAGUGGAUCCCGGCCUUCGGGACGAGUUACGCAUCUUCAUUGCUGACAAGUUACUGCCGGCUUACCGUGCCUUCCUGGGUCGUUACGGGCACCACAUCGAGACAGGAAGGCAUCCGGACAAGUAUAUUAAGUACACGGUGGAGGAGCUUGAGGCGGCCAUUGGUGACUUCUUCACAGGAAGCAAUGGCUCAAUGGGUUCCUCUUUGAGGAGGAGAUCUUUCUCCUUGCAUUCGGGACAAUAACCUUGGCUAGCAAUGGGUAUACGUGUGUACAGAAGAGAGUAUGUUUUUGCCGACUUUCGUCCACAACAGUCUUAGUGUAUACUGUAUUUCGACUAUACAAAAAACUUCAAAGUUACCCACACACUUUUCUGCCCUGAAACAUAGGCACUGUAUAUUUUUAUUUUUAGACGGAUAGAUGAUGGUCAUGUAGAAUGUUGUCUUUGUCUCCACAAGCAGGAGGCCUCCUAGUUAGAGUAAAUGAAAACGACUGGAGAAGAAAAGAAAAGAAGAGGGAGAAAAAAAAAAAAAAAAAAAAAAAAAAAAAAAAGGAGAAGAAAAGAAAAAUCAAGUUCGAUAUACGAUUAUGAUGUUUCAUGUGUGUUUAUUUUUUAUUUUUUAUUUUUUUAUAAUUCCUUCUUAUCCAUUGUUCUCUUA